UCGUCCGGAAGUCGGGCGCUGGUCCUCUUGCACUGCAGUUCCUCCUGUGGCGACCCCGGGGCUGAAGUACACGGUUGGGGGUCCCGUCGCCUUCGGCUUGUGUCUCUGCCGAGCUUUCCUGCCCUGCACGGGGCUGCGUGCGGCCUAUGGCGGGGGCCGCCCAGACCACAGCCUUUGGGCAGGCGGUGAUCGGCCCGCCUGGUUCAGGGAAGACCACGUACUGCCUGGGCAUGAGUGAGUUCCUGCGCGCGCUGGGCCGGCGCGUGGCGGUGGUGAACCUGGACCCGGCCAACGAGGGGCUGCCGUACAAGUGCGCUGUGGACGUGGGCGAGCUGGUGGGCCUGGGCGACGUGAUGGACGCGCUGAGGCUGGGGCCCAACGGUGGCCUGCUCUACUGCAUGGAGUACCUGGAGGCCAACCUGGACUGGUUGCGGGCCAAGCUAGAUCCCCUCCGCGACCACUACUUCCUCUUCGACUGCCCAGGCCAGGUGGAGCUCUGCACGCACCACGGCGCCCUGCGUAGCAUCUUCUCCCAGAUGGCGCAGUGGGACCUCAGGCUGACCGCUGUCCACCUGGUGGAUUCCCAUUACUGCACAGACCCGGCCAAGUUCAUUUCCGUACUGUGUACCUCUCUGGCCACGAUGCUGCAUGUGGAGCUGCCUCAUGUCAACCUGCUCUCCAAGAUGGACCUCAUUGAGCACUACGGGAAGCUGGCCUUCAACUUGGACUACUACACAGAGGUCUUGGACCUCUCCUACCUGCUUGACCACCUGGCUUCUGACCCUUUCUUCCGCCACUACCGUCAGCUCAAUGAGAAACUGGUGCAGCUCAUUGAAGACUACAGUCUGGUGUCCUUCAUCCCUCUCAACAUCCAGGACAAGGAGAGUGUCCAGCGGGUCCUACAGGCUGUGGAUAAAGCCAAUGGCUACUGCUUCGGGGUCCAAGAGCAGCGAAGCCUGGAGGCCAUGAUGUCUGCUGCAAUGGGAGCUGACUUCCAUUUCUCCUCUACCCUGGGCAUCCAGGAGAGGUACCUGGCACCCUCCGACCAGUCAGUGGAGCAGGAGGCCAUGCGGCUAUAGCAGCGAGCUGGGCCCUGCAGGGCAAGAAGCAGAACCCAGCGAGCGGUGUUCCCAACCAGGCAGAGCACUCACCGCACCCUUGGGAUUCAGCGCCGGCCUCACUUGCGCUACGAUGGGAUGUGCUACACGUAGAGGAGCUUACUUCCUACUCUUUGUGACUUCCACGCUUUCCUCAACCGCCCAGGCCCAGAGAGUUGAGGCAGAACAAGGUUAUGGGACCUUUUAGAAGAGGCCAAUUUCUUUAUAUCGGACAUCAUUUCCGCCAAAGCACAGGACUGUGCUAGAACCGACACUAAGUCUCCAGUCGGGCAAUUUUGUAAAUUCACAGUUUUAGCAAGGAGCCCGGAGCCUGAGCUCCCACAGAGGACGUUCCCUAGCAGGUCCGAGUGUUUCAUGUUCGUGGUAUUUAUUUUACGGUUUUAUUCCUUUUUGGCAAGUGUUAAAGAGUUUUCCAUUUAUACCAGUUAUUAAAAGUUUACUUUGAAAUUGCAAAAAGUGAGUUGUUUAUAGAAAAAUAUUAAGUAUACAACACGACCUCGUCAGGAGUGUGGCCUGAGGUUGGAAAUUAUGGGGUUUGCGCCUUUGGCUCUUCCUGCAACUGGUUGAAUGUAAUUCCUGUUUUCAACCAAUAGGUGGCAGUCCAGGCUCAUGUUUUUUGCAGUCACAGCCUGAAGGCAGCCAGGGACAGAAAUCCUAUUUGCAGACGCUUAGUCCUGUUAACAUGUGAGAAGGGCUUCACGUUUUACAAAGUGCUCCCACACACCUGGGUCUCAUGGGGCUCUCACAGCAACUCCCGAAGAUCUGGAUAAGACAGACUGUUAGAAAGCCCCAUUUUAUGGUGAGGAAACAGAAGUUCAAAUAUUGGUCAGCCUGGCUGCCUCAUUGUUCACUUUGCUGACUUCUUUUCUUUUCUUUUAAGUUUAUUUGUUUUCUUUGAAAGAGAAAGAGAGCAAGCUGGGGAGGGCCAGAGAA